AUGUUCCACCUAAAUAACGAAGAUGCUCUGCUCAACGAAGACGAAGACGGUAGCAAAAACGAGACGUCCAAAAUAGAGCCGCAUUCAGGAAACCAUGUUUCUCCAAUACCGUUGGAAGACGAGACGCCCGAAAUAGAGCUGGAUUCAGGAAACUAUGUUCCUGCAAUACCGUUGGAAGACGUGCUACCGAAAGCCAAGUUGUACCUAGACGUUGCGAGAGAUACCCCCGAGGCUUUCGAUAAUCCGCUUAUCACAGCCAUACUCAAGAUCACCCUAGAGAUGAUCUGGCAGAGAUUACUCGAACGGCAACAUUACGUUAUGUCGAGCCCCGAGUUUGCCAUCUUCAACUUCUUCCGAGGCUCGUUCGGGGACGAGAAAAGUGCUCAGGUGGCUGUUAAAGCGACGGCAAUCUAUUGGGAGAAUACUUGGGGUGACGACACAGAUUACGGAGAGUAA